GUAACAUUUAUUAACCAAUUAGAUUUCAUUGUGUCCUUCAAAGUGUAUUUAUAGAACAAAACAAUCUUAUCUUAUAAUAUAUAAUUCUGAUUUAUUAUUAUUACUGAGAUUGCACUAUUUUGCUUUUCUGUGAUACAAUUGUCAAAAACAGAUGGAAAAUAUAACAAAAAAUUACUAUUAGCUAAGGAUGCCGAAACUGAUUGUUCGAGAAAACAUGCGUAAACUCCAGUUGGGUGCUACGUUUAAUAAUGAUAGAGCAGCUGAGCUUAAAAGACUUUUUGUAAUCGCUAUGCCAACUAUGAUAACACAGCUUUUAAGAUUUAUCAAUCCUUCAAUCAGUGUUAUGGUUUGUGGACACUUAAGUCGUGAGGAGUUGGAUGCCGCAUCCUUAGCUAAUUGUAUAAUCAAUGUCCUUGGCCUUAGUAUUGAUACUGGAUUUUCAACUGCUUGUGAUACGCUUUUUUCUCAGGCAUAUGGAAGCCGGUAUCGUAAAUUGGUUGGUACAUUCCUUCAAAGGGCUUUAUUCGUUGUAUGCAUCAUAUACUUGAUACUAGUCUGCAUACACUUAAAUAUUGAGGCAGUAUUAUUAUUACUUGGUCAAGAACCGAUAAUUUCAUCCCUUACGUCAGAAUAUAUCGCAUACUUCCUACCUGGUCUUGGGUUUGAUUUCCUAUUUUUGACGCUUGCUCGGUACUUGCAAACGCAAAGUAUUCUUAUGCCAAUGGUAUAUGCUUCGUUUACUGGAACAGCUAUAAACAUUGCAUUUCAAUACUAUUUUGUAUUUCGGAUGAAUUAUGGACUUCGUGCGUCAGCUCUCUGUCUUUCUUUUUCGUUUGGAUGCAUGUUUCUAUGUGAACUUGGAUAUAUAAUUACAUCAAAAGUCUAUAAAAGCACGUGGGAUGGAUUCAAUUUUGUUUCUGCCUUAAGUAACUGGAGUGUAUUUAUUCAACUAGGCGUUCCUGGUAUAUUUAUGGUAGCUCUUGAAGAAUGGUGUUUUGAAAUAAUGACACUGAUUGCAGGUACCAUUAGUGAUGUUACGCUAGGUGCACAAGCUAUAGUAUUUCAGAUUCAGUCUUUCAUAUAUGUGAUUCCCCUUGGACUGUUUACAGCAGUGAAUAUUCGUGUUGGUCAAAAGCUUGGAGCAUUUGAUCCUAUGGGUGCUAGAAAUGUUUAUCUUACUGCACUGACAAUAGUUCCUGUGGUGGCUUUUUGUACCGCUUUACCUGUUACUCUUCUGCGAAAUUACAUUCCGUAUAUAUUUACAUCAGAUGAGAACGUUUGUCUUUUGGCCAGUAAACUUCUACCAAUGCUGCUUGUCUUUCAGCUGUGUGAGGGAUUUGCGGGUAUCUCAGAGGCUGUUCUCUUGGCUUGUGGACGACAAAGUUUAGGAGCUGUGACAAUAUUUUUUGGUUAUUAUUGCAUUGGAAUGCCGAUUGCUUUAGUGCUGACUUACAAGACAUCUCUAGGAAUUUUCGGAGCAUGGAUAGGCUUGGCUGUUGGCUUUGCGUUAACCACAUUGACCUAUACUAUAUGUGCUUUAAAAACAGACUGGUUUGAACAAGCUAGGAAGGUAAAGAAAAAUUUAAAGGAUAACCAAACAAUGCGUUCCACAUAUCUUUCGCCCGAUGUAUCUCAGUACAGUCCUUCAUCUACAGAAAAUUCUUUUGACUUACCAAUAUUUCAUCAAGUCAGCCCAGAUUUCGUUAGUUCUGAACAUCUACUAGACUAUUCUACGACCUCUUCACCAAUACUCCUGAAUGAAAAUCUUGCCAACUGGAAACAUUUAACGCUGAAAUUUUGUUUCUUUCUUAUAGUUAUAAUCCUUUUAUUCAUAUCAUUAUAUUUACGUCUUUCAAAAUCCCCGUCAUUAUGGUAUACUCAUUGUUUACAACAAAUCAAUUCUGCUAAUAUAUCAACAUUUUGUAUCAAUAUGAUGCCGUGGAACACCUACUACAAGUCAAGAAGUAUUGAUCAGUUUGAUUUAAAUGCUUUCAUCUAUUCUAAUAAUUCAUUAGGUGUAUAACUAAGACAGUGUAUUGAGCCGGCAUUCUUACUCUCGGUAUUAUUAUUUCCUUGUAUAUUUCUUUAUGAUUAUACAUUGUAAAGAGAAAUAGAGAUGCAGAAAUACAAAAACAGGACGAAUACACUAGUUAGUUUUUACAUCGAAAACCUUUUUCUGAAAAAAACUUGCGUUAUUAUUCAUUUUUUGAGCAAUACUUAUUUUGUUACAGUGAGAAGAGUCAGAGAUUCCCUUGAUCCCCAUUUUUAUUACAACCAAUGUUUAUUUAUUUAUUUUUAAAAAUCCUGAAUAUUUAUUAUAUUGAAAGGUGAAUAAAUGGAUAACUCCUUCAGGGAAUUUGAAUCGAUGCUCAGCGAAACAGGAGAGUGUUAAACGACUUGUGAUUGAUGGGACUACUUUAGAUUGCCGAUUUGUGGUGUUUUCCAUUGUAAUUUGUGAACUGCUAUCAGUACAGAGUUUUAUUCACUUCACUUCAGGACUUGGCUAGAUAAGAUGGAUGCUAAAAUGCUGUAGUUUUUUCAAAUGACUAUAAUUUAACUAUUCGUAUGAACAUCAUUCCUUCAGAAUUGUACAGUUAUGGGAAAAAAAGCCCGUCCACUUCAGGCUACUACCUUAAUUCACAUCUGUUAUCUAUAGCUUGUUUUUUUCUAUAUAAAUAAAAAGACGAUUAACAAUCAUCUUGUAUUUUUUGUUGUUAUUGGUAGAUCCAGUGAAAUAUGUGUAUUCAUUUUAUCUUGAGUAGAACCGGAAUGAUUAAUUCACAUUUUUUAUGAUUUUGCUGUUACAGCUAAUUGAAAGAAUGUAAUUUAUUUGAAGAACAAUUUCAUGAAGAAAAUAAAACAGACCUGUUGCCU